AUGGCCAUUGCAACGAAGACGAUGGUUUUCCCUAACUACCCUUUUUUCAUGUCAGCGUUUGGCUCAGAUGAAAACGAGUCUAACAGUGAGCCAUUCAAUUUCACCAUCAGAAGAGAGCUGCUUCUUGAUCCUAAGGAAGUCUGGAUGGGACAGAGGAUUGGAGAAGGAGCCAACUCCUUGGUCCACAAAGGAAUCAGAUACCCAUGUCCUGUGGCAGUGAAGAUAGUGGAGCCAAGUCGAACAUCUGCUUUGGGCAUACAACACAAACAACAGUUUCAAAAGGAGGUUAUGUUACUAUCCUCUUUGAACCACAAAAACAUUGUGAAGUUCUUUGGAGCUAGCAUAGAGCCACAACUGAUGAUAGUUACCGAACUCAUUGAAGGCGGCACCCUUCAGAAGUACAUGUGGAACUCUCGUCCGAAUCCUCCUAAUCGAAAGAAGGCACUGAGCUUUGCUUUGGAUAUUUCUCGAGCCAUGGAGUUUUUGCACUCAAAUGGCAUCAUUCACCGUGAUCUAAACCCAAGGAAUGUGUUGGUGACAAGUAACAUGGAACAAGUGAAGUUGACUGGUUUUGGACUUGCAACAGAAAAGACUAAAGAUGGCAUGACUUGUGAGGCUGGAAAUUACAGAUGGAUGGCUCCUGAGGUAUGUAGCACUGAGCCACUCAAAAAAGGAGAGAAGAAGCACUAUGACCACAAAGUUGAUGUCUACAGCUUUGCGCUAAUUUUAUGGUCAUUGCUCACUAAUCAAAUACCAUUCAGAGAGAUAAAGAUCAUUUCUAUUCCCUAUUUUGUGGAAAAGGGCAAAAGACCAAGUCUUGACAAUAUUCCAAAUGAGUUUGUUCCAAUCUUGGAAUCUUGCUGGGCAAAGGACCCAGAGGCACGUCUUGAAUUCAAAGAGAUCACUGUCGUAUUGGAAAAAUUGCUAAAGGACUUAUGCUCAGCUGGGACUAGUAAUGAUACAACAACAGUAUCACAAGAGGAAUCUUACGACGAUGCAAUGGACAAUUUGAAGGCGACUGGUUUGAUGAAAAAUGGCUACCGCUUGCUGAAGAAACCUAAAGAGGAGAAGAAGAAAAAGGGGAUGAGCAAGAUACUUCCGUUCUUCAAGAAGCUCUUUUCCUCCAAGUGAUAUGAAAUGCACUUUUUUGUGUGUUUCCCUUAAAGAUUAUGAGAAACUUUUAGCUUCUUUUGGUUACAAAACCCUUAAAAAGUUGGUAGAUUAUUUAAGCAAAG